ACACAGUACUCCCAUUUCCUUUUAUCUAAUCCAAACCAAUUCAUUCAUCACAAAUUUACAAAACCCAGAACUCAACAAUGAAUCCAAUCAUCUCACUAUCUCCCUCAAUAAUCUCAUCUUUUCCAUUAUCAAAUUCCUCGAAAAUGGUCUUCGAUUAUCCGAGAAAGGGCUGUUCUUCCGGGACUAGAAUUGUGGCAUCAAGAAGAUCAUCAGAAGCACAUGACAAGAACUAUCACAAUGGCAAGCUGGUGGACGAGAACAUGAUUGUUCUUCGCAAAAGAAUUCAUGAGAUGAAGAUGGUGGAGAGGAACUACGAGCCUCCUUCGGAGUGGUUUGAUUGGGAGAAGCGUUACUUUACAAGCUAUGAUUCAAUGAUUUGUGAAUUAAUGGGGUCUUUGCAAUUACAGUUGAUGGAAACCAGGCCUAGCUUGGCUCUUGGGAUGCUGGCCUUGAUCACCUUGAGUGUUCCAACUUCUAUGGCUAUGCUGUUUCUCCAUUUUGUUGAUGUAGCUAAGAAUCUCGCUUAAUUAUUUGAUACAUGACGGUCCUUAAUUGCAUACAUGUCAGUCAGUGUGGAACAGACCAAGUUACCAACUCGAAUUUAAAACUUGUCCAGCUGUUUGAUGGACAUGUUGAACAAAGUAAUUCUGGGUUAAAAAGUGUUAUUAUAUGUUGUUUGUAAAUACUACUGGAAUCUUAGAUACAACAGGAUCAUAUUAGUAUAAUAUAUAUUUGAUUUUCUUCUCUUAAUUGUU